GCAACAACUGCAAGAAGAACCACUUUGGCAAGUGCCGCGAUCCCCCGAGGUGCUAUCAAUGCGGGGAGGUCGGGCAUUUGAAGGUGAGUUGCCCACAACUUGGGCGAGCCAUGGGGGCCGGACCAAGUAGUGGAACGACGGUGAGCAGGAACCGAACCGGAGCACCAAGUGCUAGCGGUGGGCACGGUGAGGCGAGUGCAAGCAACGCGCCAUCCGUAAACCAAGGAAGGACCCAAGCUCGGGUCUAUGCUAUGACGGAGGCGGAUGCUCGUGCCAACCCGGACUCCGUUGCGGUUUCAGGUAGAACUUGAAGGUUGCUACCGGCGCCCGUUGCUUCGGGGAUUUUCAAGGGAGAAGACGUGGUUCGUGCUUCUUCUGUUUCCUGUUUUCAAAACAAUUAUAACAAUGCUCAUGGAUACUAUUUUCUUAAUAAUUACUUUGGGGGCUUGUAUGCCUAGUUAUGCCAAGUGUGGCUUGGACAAUUGUAUUAAUGCUUCCGCUG